AUGGCACCUGCACCGGUCGAUAGAGUCGGACAAGCUGCACCAGAAGCAACAACACAAGACACAAUACCAACACCAUCAAUAGCCGCAACCGACAUUCUCGACGGCACAUCUGGCAGCACCGAGAACCCCUCAUCCACUAGUACGACAACCAUUCUCAUUUUCGUAAUUGUCGUCUGCGCAGCCGCAAUCAUGUCUGCAGCAAUCUUCUACCUCUUCGACCGCAAGAAGAGCCGUCAGUUCCGUGAGGCCUGCAAGAGAGACCCCUACCUCACCCGUAAGGAGUUCUCACGACGACGCAAGCUGAGCACCCUCGAGCGUCUCGAGGAAGAAGAGCUCCAGCGCAACAUCAUGAUCCGCAAGUCGCUUGCCAGCCGUUCGACCAGCCGCACCUCGAGCGAUGAUGAGCUCGACCAGCAACAGCAUCACCACCACCACCACUACAUGCCGGAGCCGCCGCGCGGGCACAACGAGCUUCACAAUCACUACCAGCACCGCUACCAAGAGCCAACUGAAUGGUUGCGCGGCGAAGUGCGCAGGGCGAGGUCCGAUUCUGAGCUUUCCUCCUCCGCCUCGUUGUCAUCGCGGAGUCGAUACACGGAGCCCCAUCCCGGUGUGGAGGUGGAAAUCCCCCUGCCCCCGCAAUCCAGGACGCCGUCGCCGGCUCGGAUGACGGUCAGGGAUUCCAUGCCUCCUCCUAGUGUCGAUGGCCACUACGCACGACCGCUUCCGCCACUGCCCAGGGCGUCGUAUGCUCCCGCUCGUUUCCAGUGA